AUGUCAUCAAUCAUAGAUAGUAAUGAAAGGAUGGAGCCACCUCAAAGUGUAUUUUUUUCUUUACGUCAUGAUCAAAACUAGAGUAACAGCUUUCACAGUUUAGAUGAUGAUUUUAAUGAAAAGAAAGAUGCAAUAUCAAUUAAUGUAGAAAUGCAGAUCGUCAAUAAUUGUGAAUCCUAAGAUUCUCCAAUAUCCACUAAAAAAAGCUAAGAGACAUAAUAAACACUGAUUUAAUUAAGGCUUUUAGGAAGAGAAAUAAAUGAAGGGAAACCAUCCUUUUAAAAGGAGAUAGUACCGAUCAAUAUUACAUUUUUGUAUUUGGAAUAUAUAAAAAAUAAUCCUGGAAUGAAGAUCUGGUUAUUGUCUAAUAUAGUAUUGGACAUUUGUUUAAGAAUACUAAUAUUAGUAUUUUUUUGUAUAGGAACAGUAGAUGAGGAUAAGUAAAUAGAUCUUGAUCCUCUCUAAAAUAAGACUAUUACAGUUUAUUUUAUAAUUUUUACAUAGACUCCUAGAAUAUUACAUUUGCUUACAACAUCUAAAUUGAUUUUCAUGGACAAAUAUGAUCUUCAAAAUAGGUCAUAUCUACCAAUGAGUUAUGUGUUUAGAGCUAAUUUCAUUCAAGAGAUCUGCCCUCGUCAAGAGGAUCUCAAACCUAUUAAUUAUAAGGAUAAUAUUCUAUCUGUUAGAUCUAUCUUGUUUAUCCUAUUGCCAAUUGAAUUAUAGUGGAUUCCUAUGUAUCCUUAUAAGGAUCGAAAUAACUUUGAAACAACUAUCAUCAUUAGUAGUUAUAUCCUAAAAAGCAUAGAAGUAAUAGUUUUUGAACCUAUUCUACUCAUUUUAAUAUCUUUUGAUAAUAACUUUUUAUUGUAUACUAGAUUGCUCUUUGGCCUCAUACUACUAGAUAUCAUCAAAUUUGUUAUACUCAAUUUGUGUUUAAUUAUCUUUAGCAAUGUUGGUAAAAACUCUAAAGUAAAAAUAUGA